CCCAGUGUUUACUGUAUGCGUUCAUUCACUUUAUCCACUCUCUCUCUAUCACUCUCACUCAUUUCUCUCUCUUUCCCACUCAUCAUUUCCCUCUCACCACUCCGUCUUAGAUUUACUAAUAUUAUCAUUAUUGUUUUGAAAAUAUUUUACUAUCGGGAAUUAUAAAUAUAUAUAUAUAUAUAUAUAUAUAAUAUAUUUAUAUUUAAUUUACAUAAUAUUAUACAAUUAUACUAAAACAUUGUAGUAUAAUAUAAUAUUAUAUGUUAUAUAUAUUUUUUAAAUUACGUAAACUGACUAAUAACAAUAUACAAGUAUUAACUUUGUGUUAAAAUUGUGUUUUGUGUUCGCCGCGGCAAUCGGUUUGAUUUGAUUUAGUGCAACACAUACAGUGGUCCAAAAAUAUUUUUACUGCCUUUGAAAUUUUGUAGAUUGUUUUUAGUGAUUUGUUUUUUCUCCUUUCUCGGCUUUAAAAUCUAAACGUGUGUACGAGGAAUAUCGGUCUACUGCGGUGGGUGCGUCGUACAGGAUCACAAUAUUUCCGGUCUGGAAACGGUCACAGUAGCCGUAACAUAGUGACAGGCAGCCGUGUCGGGGGCGAAACGGUGUCGGCGUACGAGACCGUGUAUCGCGUGUACAUACAUAGUGUUGAUGACGUGCGCGGUGUAUCGUGAAGUGUCGUAUCGAUUUUUAUAAUAAUAUAUACCGAGUAAAACAAAAGUGGUGAUCCGCGUCGGUUGGUGUGCGGUACGCGUCUUGACGAAGACAACGACGCCGACGAUAGUGCGCGGCGCGUGUAUAGGCUGCGGGACAUGCACCAACGUGGCGACGUUCGAGCGGACGACGGUCACGACGAGCAGGCCACCAUCGCGGGGUGGUGCGCGUAGCGGCCGAACCGCGGCGGCGAGCAGCACGCCGUGCCGGGCCGCAACAGUCCAUGCGUGAUAACGUGCGACCUGCACGCGGCCGCAAUGAUGGACCAGAAAUGUGACGGCGGCGGUGGUGGUGUCGCUGCUGCCGCCGCCGGUAUCGGUGGCGGCGGCGUCGGCGGCCUCAUGUCGUACAACCGUGGCCGUGGCGGCACCGAGGUCAUCAUCAAACCCCGUAGUCCCGCUGUGUUGCAGGUGGCCACCGGUGGCAGUUACCACGGCCUGCCGACGGCCACCGACGCCGUCAUCGUGCGCAGCCCGCCCGGCGGCCACUUGCCCGGGCAGCAGCAGCAGCAAGUUCCCCCAUCCCGCAGCGGCUGUUCCACCCUGUUCAACGAUAUCGCUGGCGUCAAGCGGCUCAGGCCCGACGAUUGGUUGGCCGUCAACUCGCCGCCCGCCUCGUCGCCCGGCACGUCGCACAUAUCCUACACAGUAAUAUCGAACGGCGGCGGUGGCGGUGGCGGCGGCGGCGGCGGUUACAACACGUCUCCAAUGUCGACCAACAGUUACGACCCGUACAGUCCGAUGAGUGGCAAAAUCGUCAAAGAAGAGUUGUCUCCGCCGAACAGCCUGUCGGGAGCCAGCAGCCAUUCGGAUGGGUUGAAGAAGAAGAAACUCAACCACUCGCCCGUGACUGGCGUCGUCAACACCGCGGCAUCGGGCCCCGGGGGCGGCGUUGGUGGCAACGUGCUGAACAACCGACCUCCCGAAGAGCUUUGCCUGGUGUGCGGCGACCGGUCGUCCGGUUACCAUUACAACGCGCUGACAUGCGAAGGGUGCAAGGGGUUCUUCCGGAGGAGCAUCACCAAGAACGCCGUGUACCAGUGCAAGUACGGCAACAACUGCGAAAUCGACAUGUACAUGAGGCGGAAAUGCCAGGAGUGCCGGCUGAAAAAAUGCCUCACCGUCGGCAUGAGGCCUGAAUGUGUUGUACCUGAAGUUCAAUGUGCAGUAAAAAGAAAGGAGAAAAAAGCUCAACGAGAAAAAGAUAAACCAAAUUCUACUACAGAUAUUACUCCUGAAAUAAUAAAAAUAGAACCUACAGAGAUGAAGAUUGAAUGUGGUGAACCAAUGAUAAUGGGCACGCCUAUGCCGACUGUACCUUACGUGAAACCGUUGAGUUCUGAACAAAAAGAACUGAUCCACCGACUUGUCUAUUUCCAGGAUCAAUAUGAAGCUCCUAGUGAAAAGGACAUGAAACGUUUAACAAUAAAUAAUCAAAAUAUGAAUGAAUACGAUGAAGAAAAGCAAAGUGACACCACAUAUCGAAUCAUCACUGAGAUGACAAUACUCACAGUUCAACUCAUUGUAGAGUUUGCCAAACGAUUACCAGGUUUCGAUAAACUUGUAAGAGAAGAUCAAAUCACUUUACUCAAGGCUUGCUCAAGUGAAGCUAUGAUGUUCAGGGUAGCUAGGAAAUAUGACAUCACCACUGACUCAAUAGUGUUUGCUAACAACCAGCCAUUUUCAGCUGAUUCUUAUAACAAAGCUGGGUUGGGAGAUGCCAUUGAAAACCAACUGUCAUUCAGUCGGUUUAUGUACAAUAUGAAAGUGGAUAAUGCAGAAUAUGCAUUGUUGACCGCCAUUGUCAUAUUUUCAAGUAGGCCAAAUUUACUAGAUGGUUGGAAAGUGGAGAAAAUUCAAGAGAUCUACCUAGAGUCCUUAAAAGCUUAUGUAGAUAAUCGAGACCGUGACACAGCAACUGUCAGAUAUGCGCGACUUCUCUCAGUACUUACAGAGUUGCGUACAUUGGGCAAUGAAAACUCUGAGCUAUGUAUGACACUGAAACUGAAAAACCGAGUAGUACCCCCAUUCUUGGCCGAAAUAUGGGAUGUCAUGCCAUAGUAAAUUGCUUCAGCUAGUUACCUUGUACCUGGUCACACCAUUAGUGUCACUUGGUAUUAUUUUGAAGACUGUCAAUAUUUUUUGUUCGUUCAGACCCCUGACAACCACUUGGCAAAUGUGUGUAGCUCUGAACAUCAAUUUGCUAUUGUUCUACUUCUUGGAUGACUAUUUAAAUUACAGUUUACUAAUCUUAAUAAAAUAGAAAUAUUGAAAAUUAACUAUCUAUCUAGCAUGUCAGGUAAUAAUAUUAGUAUAUGUGUUGUCUUAAAUGUGCUUAAAAAUAGCUAAAUAUUUAAAGUUUGAAACUGUAGGUAAAUUAGGAGUUGUUUUUAAACACAAGGUGUAUAGGAAAAUGUUAGCACUCUUAGAUUUUGUAUUAGUAUGUUUGAAUUCACUCCUAAAUUAAGACAUAGUACUGUUAAACAGAAUUUGUUUUUAACUAAGAAUUUUUAACUAUGAGGGUGCUAUAUUGUUUCUCUGUUAUCCUCGUGUGGUUUUUGAGACUGUAUGUUUUGUACCUGCGUGUUGGAUUUUUUCUUUUUAAAAUUAUAUGUAUAUAAAUAUAUAUAUAUAUACUAUAUAUAUAUUUAUAAAUGUUUAUCAAUAAGCCAAUUAAUUUUAUUAUAACAAAUUUAUAUAAAUAUAUUUUUUUUUUUAUAUGAAAUGUAAGAAACAUCAUUUCUAUUCGCGAAACUGUGAUAUUAGUUUAUAAUAAAUUGUAUAUGAUAAAUAAUAUAUUGUGUAUACUAACAUCUAUUAGUUAAUAAUCAUAGGGCGUUUGAUGUAAACGUGUACAAACAUAGGUUCAGGGCUUUAGGUAAAUGUGGCACUCUUUUAUGUACAUAAUUAUAAUAUUAUUAUUUUUUUAUUACUUAUUAUUGUUAUGCUUUCAAAACCUAAAUAAGCAAUUCUGUUAAUGGAAAGUAUUUUAUAGCAAGUGUAUUUAAUUACAAAAUAUUAGAAACAGUUUUGAUUAGAUGAAAUUCUAUAUAUUUUAAGUACAAAAACAAAAUUACAAAUAGGAAAUUAAAAUAGCUAUUAUUAAUGUGUGUUUGUGUGUGUAUUGAGAUGAAGACUGUAAACAUCAACGUUUAGAUAUUUAUAUUAUUUUAUUAUUAUUAAUAUUUUAGACCAAUUGUCUUCUAAUUGCUUUACUGAUUUCUUUCUUAAUGAUCAAUAACUUUUAGGCCGGUUAUCGUUUUCCUUUUUUAUUUAUUAUUUUUGUUUUCAUUUAAUAUUAAUUCAGAACAUUUUUGGUUUGGUUCAAUAGCUUUAAUGAUAGCUUAUAAAAUUAUAACUUCAGUAUGAUAGAUACUUAUACAUUUUCCUUUAUUCUGAUAACCAUAUAUUAUAUUCUUUUUUUUAUGUUGUUUUUUGUUAUUGUCAGUAAAACCAAAUUGAUGUAUCCUACCAGUGCAAUAGUUAUCAAGUUUAUUAAAUGUUGUCCAUAGUUUUGUUUUCACGGAAAAGGAAUUAUCUGGUGGUAUAUAAUUUUAUAUAUAUUAAUUAAAUACCAAUAUUUCUUGGGUCAUAAGUGUAAUUGUUUGUUUUUAAGUAGAUGGAAUAAUUAUAAUAUUUAUAAAUUAGGGUGUACUUGGUGUUGUUUUCUGUUUCAGUUAUUUGCCACAAAUUAUAGUGUGAAUUUAAUAUCAGACAAUUUUAAAAAUAAUUCGGUUACCUGGAUUGUAAAAUCUUCUCUGAAUAACUUAACUUAAUUAAGUUUUGUUUUUCCCAUUAUUUUGUCUGUCUAUAUCAUGAUUUUCUUUUGUUUGAAAUAACAUUUGAGUACACUCUAAAUCUACUAGUUGAAGGUACCCACUGUUAUAUUUCCUUAAUAUUGUAAUUUAUUUUAACAACACAAAGAAAAAAUUAUAUUACUGAGAGGAAUAGUUAAAUGUGUUAAAAAAAGCUCUUUACCAACCGAUUCAAUUUGGAAAUUCCUACCUGAUAUUAUGAUAUUUUUAAGAGAUAAAUAGUUUAUAUAAUUUGUAGAUGAAAUGAUGUUUUUUACAUUCUAUUUAUUUGAGUUGAUAUCUUUAGUAAAAACAAUUUCACUCGUAAACGCAGAAAAAACUGCCACUUGUCAGUUUUAAUACAAUUAUAUAUUUAUAAUGUUAUGUACAUUUUUAUGAUUACUUUUGUGCAAAUGUUAAUUCUUAGGAAAUUGAGUGUAAUUUUAAUAUUUUUUUUGUAAAGAAUUUUUUUUUUUUUUUUAAUACAUUGAAAAAUGAUCUUGUUCUUUUUUUUAUAGAAAUAAGAAUGUGUAAUGUCAUAAAAAUAUUAUUUUGACCAUAGAAAAUAUAAGAAUCCAAUGUUAAAAAUUAUGUGUUACGUACAACAGCCUCACGUUUGUUUCCAAAUCUCCGGUAUUCUAUUUUUUAUAAAAUAACAUUGAAUUAAAAUAUUGUAAUCCAUCAGAAUACAUUUAUUCUAUACAAUUUUAAAAAGUGGCCUUAAUUUGUAGCUAGUACCAAAAGGUCAAACAUUAAACUCUCAUGUUUAAGAGAUUAUGACCACCGUUGUGUGAGCUGCAUUCUGCACCAAUGACACUGUUUAUGUUUAACAUUUAACUCGUUUGACCUUGCGCGUACUGGCAACUUUGGAGUGUACCGUUUAAUUUUAUCAUAUCUAUGUAAAACUAUGUAUAAAAUAUUAAAAUAUUUAAACGAGUUAAUUUUAACUUAGACGUUUUAUCACGCAUAGAAUUUCUAAAUUCACUGCCCUUCGAAAUGAUUAUGCCGUAUUUCAGCGCACUUGUGCAGUUAAAUCUCACAUGCCACUGCCAUUUUUUUCUUUUUAUACUUAAAAAAAAAUUUAUAUAUAAAAAAAUUUGUUUUUAUUACAAACGUUUGAUAUUGUCUCAAGUAACAUGUUAAUACUCUCUCACUGUAUAUCAGUGUAUGUAACCCGUGUAGUUUGUUUGGAACGCUAAUAUUCUGGAUAAAAAAAAAAAAAAAAAACGUUCUACAAGUAUUAACGGUAAUUAGAACUUUUUGUACUUUUUUGUUUUUAUAUUAUAUUUUUUACAUGUAUAUAAAUACGCCAAGUACAUUCUUUAGUUGCGCUUUUUUUUUUUUUACGAAAUUUUGAUAUUAGCUACAAUUCGGUUUUAUAGUAAUAAAAUAUAAUUAUAAUACUACUACUAUUACUACUACUACUAAUAAUAAUAAUAACAAUAAUAAUAUUAAUAAUUAUAAUAUUAUAGUACGCGAAAAAAAAUAAAAAAUUUGUACUUUUGUAGAUCACGAUUAUAAUAUAACUACUUAAUUUUGAGUAUAUAUUCUAGUGUGACGCAUUGCAUAAUAUUGUGUAGACAGUUUAGAGUAUUUAGACGAUAAUGAUGUUAUUAUAAUUAUAGUAUACAGUCGUUAACGUUUACCGAAUAGGUACGAUAUAGUGUGUGGGGACCUUAAGGUUUCAGCAAGCUGCUGUAACCGUGGUAAUGAAUACCCAUGACAUGUUAAGGUCUUUAAUAUAUUAAUAUUGUGACUACGAUAGUUAUAAUGUUGUUAGAUGCACAGUAAAUUACAACAAUAAUGGUAUUUUUUUUUUUAAUUUUCCUUUUUAUACUUUUUUUUUCAAUUGGGUGCGCAUUAACUCCUCAAUGAGACUGACAGGAUGAGAAUUAUGUAAAAUACGGCUGAAAAUAUGUAAAAAUGUAUUAUCAUAUUGUUUGCAGCAGUAAAUUUAAAAUCCGAUGUCCAUCUGUUGUACGCUAGAAAAAAACUUAACAUUUUGUUUUAUUUUUUUCAAUUACCUAUUCAAUUAUUGUUAUGUUCUAUGACAUAAAUAUAAUACUAUUUUUUUUCUACACAUAUCCGCGUUGUUGUGUCUAGACGUUACACGAGAUAAUUUGUUUUGAUAUGUAAUGAAAAACGAGAAUACCUAUUGGCGCGCGCGUGCAAAAAAAAAAAUUGUAUACUCAUACGGAACAUUUUGGAAUAUUAUAAUACAGAUAAACACUGUGAGAAGAAAACUAUUAAUUAACAUUAUAUAUAUUAUGUUAUAUUAUCUAGUACGGAAGAGCUGUUGUUAAAAUUACGCGGAACACAUUUUGUAAAAAAAGAAACAUACCUAUGAUAAAAAAAAUAAAAAAUAAAGGACUAUAUAAUAAUAUUAUUUGUUAUU